AUGGAUGGCCUCUCGGGUGCUGCGAGUAUAAUCGCAGUGGUGCAACUCACGGCUGAGGUUACGAAAUACAUCAUCGGCGUCGCUGGGGCCUCAAAGGAUCGACAGAGACUGCUUGACGAAAUAUUAGCCUGCGAGGCUCUCCUCUUGCGACUCCGCAAUUAUUCCAAAGGAACUGAUGGACCCGAGAUUGAGGAUUGGGACGCUGACCAGACCAAGACUGAUAGUGCCCAGACGUGGUCGGUCAAGGUCAGGGCCUUGGAGAGCGACAAUGCACCUUUGUAUCGUUUGUUUAAGAUCCUCGAUGCUGUCAAAACAAAACUGCAACCAAGUCACGGGAGCGGGAUCCAGAAAGUUAAGGCCGCCUUGAAAUGGCCAUUCGACGAGAAGGAAGUGGCAAAGCUCGUCGAUGCAUUUCAGCGCGAAAGAUCACUUUUGCAUUUUGCCAUGACACACGAAAGCACACAGCUAGUUCAACACAUCAAGGCAACCUCAGACGACAAUAGCAGACAAUUGACCGAUUUGGUCAGACUUAUCAAGAACAAAUCGGCUGAUGAUGAGCUUCGAGUCGCACAGCUUGAUCGUAUCCUGACCGGCAUACAGCUGUCCAACCUCAACAUAGCAGAAGGGAUCGGGCAUCUUCAAAACAGUCAGAUGAGCGCUCACCAGAAAGAAGUCCUUGACUGGAUGUCACCCGUGGACUAUGCUCCCCAACAAAGCGAUAUUUUCAGCCGGCGAGAGCCAGGAACUGGUGAAUGGCUGCUGGAAUCAGAUGAGUAUAAUACCUGGGUGAAAGGUGACAAACAAACAUUGUUCUGCCCUGGUAUUCCAGGUGCUGGCAAAACGAUCAUGGCAUCCAUCGUGGUCAAUUCAUUACUCGAAUCCUUCCAUUCCGAGAGUAACAUUGGAGUUGCAUACAUCUACUGUAACUUCCGUCGGCGCCACGAGCAGAAAGCCAGUGACCUCAUUGCGAAUCUUUUGAAGCAGCUGAGUGAGAACCAGCCUUCUCUGUUUAAGCCGGUAGAGGAGCUAUACAACAAGCGCAAGGCAUCUCGUACGCGUCCAUCGCUACAGGAACUUGGCCGUGUCCUUCAAGAGGUUGCCGCGACAUAUUCUCGCGUGUAUAUCGUCCUUGACGCUCUGGACGAAUGCGAGGCCACCGACGGUACACUACCCAAUUUCAUCCAACAAGUACUUGACCUGCAGAGUGCAACAAGCACAAAUAUCCUAGCAACCUCCAGGUACAUACCAGAGAUCAAGGAGAAGUUCAGGAAAGCCGUCUCUCUUAAAAUCCGCGCCAUUUUUGUUCAGAACAAGCCGGAGCUGCAAGAGGAAAUCAAGACAAGAAUACUGGAAUCAGUCCAGGGGAUGUUUCUUCUUGCCCAGCUACACCUUGAUUCUCUUGUCGGCAAGAGAUCACCGAAAGCUGUGCGAACUAUUCUCAAAGCUUUGCCGAGUAGCUCAAGCACGUCAAAAGCCUACGACAAGGCGUAUGGCGAUGCUAUGAAACGAAUAGAAGACCAGUUAACAGAUCAAGCGAUAUUGGCCAAAGAAGCACUCAUGUGGAUUUCAUGCGCCAGGCGGUUGCUCAGUCCCGUGGAACUUCAACACGCCCUUGGCAUCGAAAUAGACUCCACAGGUUUUGAUGAGGAAAAUCUUAGCGAGAUCCCCGACAUCGUUUCUGCUUGCGCUGGGCUGGUUACCGUUGACGAACAGAGCAACACUGUGCGACUAGCACAUUUCACAACACAAGAAUAUUUCGAGCGAACACAGGACCAGUGGUUCCCAAAUGCUGCUCGAGAAAUAACCGUUAAAACACUGACAUAUCUAUCUUACGAUCUUAUUGUUGAUCAAGUCAGGACUGCUCGAAGUCCAAAACCUGAUAUUACGGUACAAAGGGCUGCAGAAAAUUCGGAUACUGUUAUUGAUCAAUCGAAAGACCAAAAUCCAGGAUCGCCGAGUCCCGGUCUUGGUCGCUCGAAAAGCCAAGAUUGGAAGAUCAAAAAUGAAGUUACAGAGAGCGACGAAGAUUAUGAUGUUAAGAAGACGCUCCGAGACUAUCCCCUCUGUCGAUAUGCAUCAUGCCAUUGGGGUUACCACGCUCGCGACGUCUCGGAAAUGCCUGAUAUUGUGAAGAAUUUUUUGUCGUCAGAGAAACUUGUCAAGGUGACUGAGCGUCUGAGAUAUGCUGGUGGAUUCAAUCCUGGGACCACUGGCCUUCACGAGGCGGCGUACUUUGGGUUCGAAGAGGCCGCAGAAUGGAUGUUACAGAGAUGCUCGAUCGACGCACUUGACUCUUACAAUGUAUCGAUUCUGGAGAUGGCAUGUGGCCUUGGCCACCUUUCGCUCGCCGAAACACUUCUCAAGAAGGGGGCAAAUCUACGCGGGACGCCAAUUACAUAUGCAGCUCGACGAGGGCAGGAUGCUAUCGUAACAUACCUAUUCCAAUAUGGCGCGCCACUGGAACCAGGCGCACUAGAGGCAGGUUUCAGACAUUUCAAGGAUUCCAAGAUAUCAGUCGACAAGGUGCCCAUGUUUCAGACGCUGUUGGAACACGGCGCUGAUCCCAACAUAUUGAUUGACGAAACGUCGCGACCUCUACAUCAUGCCACCUCGGAUAAGGUCGAGCCUCUCGUCCGAGUUUUACUCGACCACGCGGCUGAUGUGAACGGACGAGACAAGGAAGGUCGAACAGCACUACACUUGGCGGUCGACUCCGAAAUGGAGUCAUUAGUACGACUCCUCGUGGACCGUGGAGCCGAAGUCAACGCGCAAGAUGACCAAGGUCACACGCCACUUUAUCAUACCGUAGGGCGCGAUAUCGAUCCCAUCGUGAAAUUGCUGCUCGACCACGGUGCCAAUGCUAUCCUGCAAGAUAAGCAUGGGCUUUCAGUGCCUCAUCUAGCUAUGGCCUCUUCGUUUGAGUGUCUCGUCCAGAGUUUUAUCGGUGGCGGAGAAAGCACAAAUGCCCACUGUGCAACUCACAAAACCCCCUUGACGGCAGUCGCUGGUAAUUCUCUGAAGCCUGCGAUGCUUGAAGAUAAGCCGCAGAUGGUUUUCGAGGAAUACCCCUUGAUCGCCAUACAUGAGUUGGCGCUUUUUAGGUCUUUGGUUUCUUCAAUCUGGCCAUCACGCCGACCUCCAGGUAUCGCACAUAUGGAAGAGCAACUGGGCACGAUGCAAAUACGAAUGGAAUGGGAGUAUGAGCCACUGAUCUGCUCAUUUCUCAAUCGCAUGCGUGAAAAGCGUGUCAUAACAGAUAAAUUCGAUGAAUCGCUAUACGAUCAAGCUCUAGUUGGCGCCAGGCCUUUUGUUCAGGCAACGAUGUCCGAGGUCAAGAUCAAUAUACGAGAUUCGCAGGGUUACUCGCCAAUUUGCAUGGAGAACAUGCACGAGGCAUCACGCACUCUACAGUUGUAUUCACAGCAGCUCUCUGCUAUCGAAUUUCAUAGAGAAAUGGCACUCGCUCUUCUCGCCGAUUGUGCAGAACUAGCAGAGAUGCUAUGGGAAAACAAUGCGGCUAUGAAAGAAUUUGACAGAACUCGAUACGGCGAGCUUAUGCUUGCAGCUCGAAAGGGCCAAGACUACAUUGACCAAAAACUGCAUGAAAGCAGCGCAGUUGACACGACAUUGGACACUGACAGUGGUAAAACCAUGACUUUUAUCAUUCAUCCCACUAAUGUAAGAUUACGGGAGCUACGGCAGAGGUUUCACAUUGACCUUAUACCGGAGCCUGAAGAAUCAAGCCCAUCUGGCCCCCAGCCCAAGCUCGUAGUCAACCUCCAACUGAUAUAA